ACGACCUUGAACUUCCAAAUGUAAACAAGGAAAGAAGUUGAUUCAUGUGACGGUUACUCAUAGACAUGAUUUUGCAUGAUCUUGUUUUGGUCUUCCUGGUAUCCACAGUUAGCAGCUAUUAUGUAGCUCCAAUCAAAGAAAAGCCAGUUAAAGAUGACCCAAUAAAGACAGUUCAUUUGAUUUUCAUGAAUCACCUUGAUGUAGGUUACUCCUUCAACGAUGACCCAGGUCACCUCUUGACAGUGAUCAAUGCCUACUUCACUGUGUACUACCCGCGGGCCAUCCAGGUGGCCUUGAACUUGUACGUUCUCGGGUACCAGGAGAGAUUCAUCUACACCACACACCCAUGGCUGGUCAGCCUCUAUCUGGAUUGUCCGCCAAAUGUUGUACUGUCCGGGAUUAAGCUUAUGUGUCCAGACGCUCAGAAUGUCACCAAUUUCAUCCAAGUAGUUCAGUCAGGCUUCAUCACUUGGCAUGCUGGGCCUAUGAACAUGGAGUUUGAAAUGAUGGACGAGUCCAUGCUGGAGUUUGCAGUGCAGCUGAGUAUAGAUCUUGACAAGCGGUUUGGGUUUGAUCGUCAGUACAGGACUGUCAGUCAGAGAGAUGUUCCAGGGACGACACGGGCCGUCAUCCCGCUGUUGAAGAAGCUAGGUGUACAGGCGCUCUCCAUUGGUGUCAAUGGAGCCACCUCACCAGCUGAUGUACCUCCUGUAUUCCUGUGGAAAAGUGGAAAUGAGUCCCUCGUUACCCUGUAUCAUCCACGGGGCUACCCAAAUGGCUAUGGGCCUACACCUUUGUUCCCUGGGGGCCUGUCAAGGAAAGAUUGUGCAAUAGUUGAUGGUCUGGAGCAUGCUCUGUGCUUCGCAUUUAGAAGUGAUAACCAAGGACCACCUAUGGACUAUCAGGAAGUACUAGCUGUCUACGAAGUUGCUCGUGCUCAGUUUCCUAACGCUAUUGUUCAAGCGUCAACAUUUGAGAAUUUCACCUCACUGCUGUUGCCUCUUGCUGGCAAGUUGCCUGUUGUUACACAGGAGAUAGGAGAUGUGUGGAUACAGGGGUCAGGGUCAGAUCCUAGAAAGACGGCGGAAAUGAGGGCUAUGUAUCGAGCAAGAACGGCUUGUUUUCAAAAAGGUAUUUGCCUGAUGUCUGAUCAGCGUGUCUACAACGCUAGUCGGUUCAUGCUGAAGCACUCAGAGCACACAUGGGGGUCGGCUGGUAACAGUGUGGACAACAUCCACUGGACUAAUGACGAGUUUUACAAGAUUCUUCAGCAGCCUGGAAGCAUGUAUCAAAAUGCCACAUUGUUUUGGGAGGAGCAGAGAAACUUCACAGGCUUGGCCCUAGAAGCACUUGGGGAUCAUCCCUUGGCAAAAAUGAUCCAGGUGGAAUUUGACAGGUUCCAGCCAUCACUGCCAGACACCAGUGGUUUCUAUCCAGUAUAUCCACUUGACUCAGUCCAGCGCUGUGGUCAGUUUGACCUCAAGUUUAACAGCCAGGGAGCACUGGUGCAGUUGACUGAUCCACUAGGAAUGAACUGGGCAUCUGAUGAGUAUCCAGUGGGUUUAUUCGUGUACCAUACCUACAGCGCUGAUGACUUUGAGGCAUUCUUCAAUGCAACCACUCCCUUCAGCAAAGACUUCUUUCUAGGAAUAGGCAAACCAAACAUGUCCAACAAUGCAAAUGCGAAAAGUAAUUACUGGCCAACAAAGAUGGAUGUGCUUAUGAGUAAUCAAGAAGGAACAUCGCUGGUAGCCACUGUGUCGAUGGUGGACGACGUGACGAGAACCUACUACGGAGCUCCGGAGACUGUCAUUAUACAGUACACUUGUAAUAUUUACAACAUAGACGUGACCGUUCAGUGGUUUGACAAGGUCCCCACUCGUCUCCCAGAGGACUUGACGUUUGUGUUCACGCCCACCCCUCAACCGAGACAUCGCUGGCUACUCAACAAGCUCGACGAGUUGAUUGACCCUCUAGAUGUCGUCAGAAAUGGCAGUCAGAGGUUGCAUGCAAUCAACAGGGGAGCCUACUAUGUGGAUGAUCGUCUCAAGGGGCUCCAGAUUGUAUCCCUUGAUUCAGCUGUUGUCAACAUCCUUACUGAUAAACUGUUUGUCUCACAAAUACCCAUGCCUCUUGAGCCUAUCACAGAUGUGAAGGGGGUUGCAUUCAAUCUCUACAAUAAUGUCUGGGAAACAAACUAUAUAUUCUGGUAUCCGUACCGCACAAAGGAUAUUAACCAAAAGUUCCGUUUCACCUUAAACUUUGUGUAAUUUUUUGAUGAUGUAUUGCAAAUUUGUAUCUACCAGUACUGUGCAAUGAAGUAAGAUUGUAUGUUUACUGUUGAUAAAAAAGCAAGUUUGUGAAAUUGUCUUAAAAAAUACAGUUAACAAAGGUUUUUGCUUAAUUAUGUGAUAUUUAUGCCCUAAUGCAGCGGUAGGUUUAAGAAUUCUAUUUGUCCUGUACAAACCAUGUGUUUUUAGCUCCUUUUUGACUGAUAAAUAUAUCUCACUCAAUAUUUAAAUGUUGAAUGACCUAAAUGUGGAGAUGAUCUGAAAGAAAAGAAAUUCAACUGUGACUAGUUGUCGCAGUAUUAUUUUCCUUUAGCCCUUUGUCAUUUGUUUCAUCAUAUAAAAUGUUGUCCCAAAAUUGUGUGUUUUCAACAUUUUAUUUAAGUACUUGAUGGAUUUUUCACUGAAACUUUAAAAGAUGAAUGGCCUUAAUGCAGAGAUGUUUAUAAGGGAAGGAAAUUGGCCUGUGGCUAGUUUUGGAAAAAUAAUGGCAAUUUGUCUGUUUUUCUUAUACAGAAUAUUUAGUCCCAAACUUUUUAAAUUAUUCUUUAUCUACUAAAUGGAUUCCGCUCAAACUUGUAAAGUUUAAUGACCUUAAUGUGCAUAUUAUUGUUAAGAAAGAAAGUUUUGCAGCUACCAGUUUUGGUAUUAUUAAGGCCCUUUAUUCGUUGUUCCACUCUGGUUCCACUAUAGUCCCAAAAUUUACAGUUUUCUCCUACUCUUCAACCACUUGAUGGAUCUCAAUCAAACUUAAAGUGUUCAUGUACCACAAUGUGCAGAUGUUAGUUAAGGAAGGAAUUAUUGCAUUGAUGAUUUUUGGCAAAACUAUGUCACUUCAUCUGGGGGUUUUUCACAAUGGAAAACUAAAAUUUUCAUAUGUAAAUAUUUUUUCAAAACAGAAUUUUGUGUUUUCAACUACUCUUUAACUGCUGUGUGCUGAAACUUUCACACCUGAGUGACCUUUAUGAAAGGAAUUCCAAUUUUGACAAGUUUUAGCUGAGUUAAGGCCGUAUGUCUUUUGUUUCACAGCAGAUUACAUGUUUAUAGUGGAUUUGUGUGUCCGAACAGGUGUCAUGGGGGCAUGUCUGUGAUGCAUUUCUAAUAUAUAAUUGAUUCUGUAAAUUGUGACCUGUAAAAAAAGUAUAUUGUAAUGUCCAAAUCAAAAUACUUUACAAUAUAUUCUAUAAAAUGUGUCCUGUAAUGCAAAGCCUUUUUCCAGUAGCCUUGAUGUUUUCUGUUGUGUAAUAUCCUCCCUAGUACCAUUGCUAUCAUUCAGCAAAUACAAGCCAUAUAGAUUUGAUAUCGUAGAUUUGAAAUUAUUUGCACCUCCAUUUUUGCUACAAAUCAUUAACUAUUAUUUGAACUUACUCAAUCUUACAAAAAUGCACACUAUUUAUUUUAUGUCAUUUACAGGCAUCUUGUUGGAAAGGUUUAUAGCUAGAAAUGUUGUGGACUAAAAAUAAUAACAUGGAGAUGCAACAAAUUAUUUGAAAAAAAAAAUGCAUGAUCUAUUGUAAAGCAGAUUAAGUAUGAAUGUUAUUUUCCUUUUAAUUACUCCAGUUUUAUAGCUGUUUUUGAAGAGUCUUGCAUACUUUAAACUAACUACACAAAGUUGGUUUUUGAUGUCGUCUUAGUCAAAGAGCCUGAUUUGUUUUAUUUGACUUAUUUAAGUUUUAAAAGUGUAUGCCUUUUUAAAAGACUAUACAAUCAUAGUUUUGUUUAAAAUGCCUAGAAUUUUAUCAUGUUUUUAAUUAUUUUACUAUUUUGGUUUACAUUCCAAUUAAUUGAUAACUUGAAAUCUCAUUGAACUGUGAAUGUUAGUUACAUACGAUAUAAUGCUGUCCGGAAUGAUUGUUGUGUAUUUAAUGCAAUAAAUCUUUGAUAUAAGG